UGACAAUGCAGAAGGCACACACAGCCCUGCACGGCAGUACCAAGACUCAGUGCUUAAAUUGCACGUCUUUUGGACUCUCAUAGUUCCUGCAUCCUUACAAGGAACAAGAGGUAAGUGCUUCAGAUUUCUAUUAUUCAUAAGCAUCAAUGUAUUCUGCCGCACUGUACAAGGGGUGAAAUAGCAAACAAGUAGUUGCAACAAGACAAGUUGGAUGUACAUGAACAGAAAGUGGCGUGGGCCCUGCUCAAACUUUUAGUCUAAGAGUUAAAUUACCCAAAGCUAUGCUAUACACAGGGUUGAAUUAACAUAGGCUCUGAUGGAGCUGCAGCUCCUGCCAAUGCCCAUGGAAUAGGCCCAUUGAUGUAAAAAAAACGAAAACUUAAAGAGUGAUGUAUGGGAACAAAACUUGUGUUACUGGCUGACAAUUACAUUAGUGGCAUUCUACACUCACUACAUACACCCUUUCUCUGUCCCAAUCUAUAUACCAGGAGCUUGUGCCUGCUAGUAAGACAGUAAGGAGACGAGUGGCCAUGUGAGUGCUAGGGGACAGUCCUUAGAAAGCGUGGAGUGAGUGCAUCAUUAGACACAUUUAUGCCAAGUUCAGGGUGCUGUCUGCAUCGUAUGCCCUUAGCAUACAUGAUUGGCAGGCAACCUGACAUGCAUUCAUGCCAAUCUGGCCUUUCAAUUCUUUGGGCAGAUAUGCCCACUUUCUGGGCAUGUUUGCCCCUUUCAGCAGUUCUGAUUAUGUGAUUUUGCAUCAGUGACACACCCUGUCUCACUGGACACUGCUUUUAGGGAAUAUGGAUUUAAUUGAAAGAUAAAAGCAUAAAUUAGAGAGAGAUUAGCUUAGGGUAUGUGUUUUCUUAUGCUGCAUCCUAUGAUUUUCCGUCCAACAUUAUCACCAUCAGAUACAUGACACUUGGGAGGUGUUUAUGGUCAAUAUUAAGAUUCUGUAAUUAGGCCCAUCAUAAUUAUCAGCACCAGGCCCUCUGGGCUCUUAAUCUGUCCCUGGGUGAAGGUAUAGACCAGAGGAACGCAACCUUUUGCUAUUACUGCCCACUUUAAGCAAUUAAAGUCCUUUAGAGUGCUGUUCAUAUUAAGUAUUGUUUAUGAAUGUUGAGGAAUUCUGCUUGUGUUAUUUAUGGGUGAAGCGGCUGCUUUUGGGGGUUUAUGUGUGUAUGUGGGCUAUGCAUGUUGUUGUGUAUCUGUGUGGGCUGUAUGUAUUGUGUGUGGGAUGUUUGUGAUGUUAUAUGUGGGCUGUGUGGGAUGUGGGCUGUGUUGUAUGCCUUAUUUGUUGUAUUGUAGGUUUGGUGGGGUUGUGUGUGUGUGUGUGUAGGCUGUUUCUGGUUUUGCAUAUGUUUGUGUUCUGCCUGUUUAUGUAUGUGUGUGCACUGUUUAUGGUAUUUAUGUAUGGUGGCUGUCUGUGAUGUUACGCAUGGUUAGUGUGUGAUGUAUAGUAUGUGUGUUGGCUGCCAGUUGUUUUAUGUAUGUGUUUGUGUGGGCUAUCUGUAGGGUGUAUGUAUAUGUGGACUGCUAGUGGUAUUUGUGUGUGGGAGAGCUGUCUGGGAUGUUGUGUGUGGACUGUUUGUGAUAUUCUGUGUGUAUGUGAGUUGCCUAUUCUCUUAUGUAUGUGUGUGCUCUCAUGUGUGCAAUACAAGUAGUAUUCCACAAUUUAGAUAUAAAAUGGAGAUUUUUUCCCCUCUAGUUGUAUUGGAGUUUUAAAAUCAAAAGCUUUGCCUGAACCUUAUACCAACUUAACAUUAUAUAUAAUUACAAUUAUUUUAGGUACAACUAUGGGUUACUAUAAUAACUCCAACACAGUUUACAGUAUUACAGUUUGCUCACUAAUCAGUGAGUGUGAUAAAAUGAAAGGAAAAAAAGUCACCAUCUCUGCUGAUUAAUUAUAGUUUAAAUUGUUACUUUGUAUACAUUUUAAAAGGGUUUUUUUUAACUGAUUUACACAAGUUACAAAUGUAACCAGUAAUCAGAAAAACAAAUUUAGGCUAGAUUAUUAGGCGUGACUAUAGCAGAUAUGAAGAUUUUUUUUCCAAAUCAGCUUUUUUGGUCUAAGUUUUUGAAUUCAGAAUUCAGUUCAGGUUUUGGGGAAUUGUAUGAUUACAAUUAGUAAACCUCUGACAUUUAUUUCGACAGAGCGAUGGGUUAUGACAUAGAGCGUUUUUUGGGAUAUGUGAACGAGGGGCUCCUGUGCUGCAUUUGCCGUGACGUCUUAGAAGAUCCGUUGCAAGCGCCCUGUGAACACGCUUUCUGUGCAUCAUGUAUACACGGCUGGCUAGUUCACCAUAACAACUGUCCUGAAGACCGACACCCGCUAGCUGUUACGGAUUUGAGACCUCUGCACAGGUAUAUGUGGACAUUUAUCAAUUAUCAGCUCAUCUGUCUGGUUCACUAGAUAAACUUAAAUUAGCAAUUGAGUGAAACAUGACUUUUUAGAAUAUUCUUUUAUAUGUUAAAUAGGCAAAGAUUGUCUUUGGUGAAUGUGAAAUAUUCUUCUAGAUCAGGGAUGCCCGAAGCGUAGAUCCCGAGAUGUUGUGUUGUGUUCCAUGGCAAAGCAUCAUGGAAGCUGUAGUUUUAAAACAUCUGGGGCUACGUUUUGGGCACCCCGUCUUCAUUUUUACAGGUAUAUUGUAUUAUUUUACUAUAAUAUGUGUUUAAAGGGCAACUUUAAUAUUCAAUAUUAAUACUUUUUCCAUAUGUAAAAUAAUAAUGUAUUUGUGAGGUGUGAAAAUAAAGUAAAUGUAAAAAUCAACAUAUCUUGCAAAUGGAUACUGAAAUGUAUAUUUUGUUUACAGAGAAAUGAUGGCUCCCCCUUAACUACUGUAAUGUAAACUAAAAAGUGGUAAAUACACCUGCAAAUGGUAUAUAAAUAAAAAAAAAAUUUCCAACACUUUGGUCCAUGAAUAUUAAAACCAGCUAUACAACAGGGGUAUUAACUAAAGUGAGAAUUCAAACUGAAUUUAAAAAUAGCCGAAUAGGAAACAUUUUUUAAAUAAUCUAUGCCUCCAGAUCUACUACUAUGGCAUGAAGUUUGAGGUUUGCUUUGAAUUCUUACUUCUGUAGAUAACCCUGUAGGUGUAUUUUAGGGAAGUGUUAAGAAGAGCUGGGGCUGGGUAAUAAUACGCUGGGUGGCCUGAGAAAGCCCUUCAGUGUGUGUUUAAACAUUCUCCUUUCAAUGUCCACAAAAUGGACCCCAGCUUUAUGUAGAAUUCCACUGCGUGUUGCUUAGAUUCCCCAUACUUCUAAUAAACACUGUGAAAGCUGGCACGGCUUAUUCAAUGUACGUUCCCAGCAACUUUAAUGAUGUCAUUUGUAAAACAAAACAGGCAGUAAAACAAUGCACUGUUCUUUAGUCUUGUACAAGUAUUGGUAGAAGGAAACAGACAUGUUGUAAAUUAUACAUGUCCAGAAUAGAUCUUCCGUAGCCCAUAGAUAGUUUAGAAUAUAUAUAUAUUUUUUUAAUUCUUGCAGUGCAUUUGUUUAGGAAAUAAUUGCAUCUGUAAAAGAUGAACUAUUCCUUCACUUCUUCAUACUGGAAUAAGCCUCUAAAAAUCACCAAUAACUUGUGUUAACUUUUUUUUCAUAAGACGCCCUGAUUUCUUUUAAAGGAGUACUUCUUAAAGGAAAACUCUACUCCAAAAGCACUUCAACUUGCUUUGUGGGUGAGGAGUACCCUAGUUUAACCCAAGCAAUCGGCACUUUUACAAAUUAGCUAGGGAACUCCCCCCUGCUGUCAAUCAAACAGCCAGGGACAAUUCGUUCCUACUUCCGUUAGUACCUUCACAGACCUUAGAUCAGCUACUCAGCUCCAGACAUGUAGAAGCCUCUGAUUGGGUAUUUACCUGUGAAGAAACUGAAAGUCUUUUCCGGGAAAAAAGGAGAGGGCUUACAAAGACUGCAGUCAUAGGAACCGCAGCUUUUGUAAGCUCUUUAAAACUAUACUCCCAAUGAAUAUAAGAAAAAGAAGAUAAAGAAAUAAAAGUGAUGCUCAGGUUUGAUUAAAAGAAAAUUUAUGUUGAAACUAUUUUUUUAAAUAAAUCCUUUUUUUUUUUUUUAAAUAUAGGUACAUGCGCAAUGACUUGAACCGGCUUCAGAUACAAUGUAGAAAUGUCAGUUGUGGCUGUGCAAUGGUUUGCUCUUUGGAAUCGUUAGACAGACACGAGAGAGACUGUGAACACAGACGCAUGUCCUGCAUGAAUGCUGGUGUGUAGAAUUUGUUUGUUUUACCUCAUCUGCAGUACUCCAGUCUAUCUAAAACACAGUACCCAAAAACUGUCAUCAGCUUUUUUUUCUUUAUAAGUUGUAGGAUCUAAACAUGUCUGGGAUGUUUUUAUUUUGGCAAAAAUAAUUCCACUUUUUAUAAUGGAUUAUUAUUUUCUUUUGAAGAACAAAAUUGUUUUGCUGUGAAUCGAUUGAACAUUGAUUCUGUGAAUGAUAUGGAAGAGUGCCUUUGUUUGCUCUCUCGUUUAUGACUUUCAGGUUGUCCAGCUCAGUUUGAGAGAAGAAAUCUGGAUGGCCACCUGGCGGUAUGUGAGCAUCGGAGCCGCGAAUGCCCUAAUGGCUGUGGCUUUGCCAUUAUUACUGCUGAAGACCUACAACAUAACUGCAUAGCAGAACUUAGAACUGAACUAGAACUUUUACGGUAAGAACAGGAUGCAAACAGCACAAUACCUCAGCAUAUGGGGAAAAAGCCACAUGCCUACAAUUACCAAGUUUAUGGUCCAUGGGUGUGAUAGAGGAGGAAGAUAGUUAUAUAACAAUCCGUAUCAUGGCAUGUGUAGAGGACUCACAUGCCUAGAAAAGCCCUAAAUAUAGAAGGGGUGGAUAUAUAGCGUGGCGGUCUGCCAAAGUAUCACCGCCACUGAUACCCUGUUCCCAAUACAAGAACCCAAAAUAAUCCACAAGGUAAAAUAGCACCGAUAUUCCAUAACCCCUCACACAUGAGCCAAGGUUUAAUGCUGGGAGAAGACUGGUUUAAUGGCAGUACAGGCAUCAAAUUUAUACAGUCAGUAAACUCCUCCUCUGUGCCUGAAAGAUAAUUGAGUCAGGCACUGUACUAAACUCAAUUAUCUCCAACCACAGAAAAAGUUCAAUUUUACAACACCCCAAAAGUACCCCCAACAUAUAUGGAAACCCUACAAAAGUCACAUCCCUGGAUAGCCUGGAUCUGGGCGAACAAAAUAUCCCAAAACCACCCAGAUCCAUUUGGUAGUUUUGGAUCGCCAUCGCAGGGAAGUUCUGACCAAUCUGCCACAAGGUAGAAGCCCAAAAUAGUUCUAGGGACUUGGUGGCAAGAGUCCGUCUCCGUUCGUGGGAUUUUGUAUGAAAAUCACAUAAGUUAGAUGAAAGCUAGUUUGUGUGGAACGCUCCCCAUAUUUGGUAGUCUCUAACUCCCAAAUGCCGUUUGUGUAGGUGAAAUAGAACUAGAAAUAGAAAUAGAACUAGUCUGGCCUUGGCUUCUGGUAUCCAGUACUCUUUUUACAAUUCUUGUUUAGUUUUUCUUGUUUUUUUCUGGUUUUCCAUUCUAUGUCUGGUUUUCUUUAUGCUGGGCUUUCUGGGUUCAUUCCUUUAUUCCAUUCCUGGAAUUCCCAGUCUCCUGGAUUCCUUUAAAUGUUUGUUAUUUGUUGCCACACCCAUUCCUUUGCCAAUAAUCCUUUUGUUUCAGUCUGGUCCUGCAAGCAGUGGUUCCAUUCCUCUGCACAUUUCCUUGCAGGUAAGUACUGUGUGUGUUUUAUUGUUGUUUAUUUGGUCAUGCAUAUCUAGUCAGUUAUGACCCACCAUAAUUGGAGUACUUUGGCACAGUGGUGGCCUGCAUACAUCUUGGCCAUUUAUGUAUGUCUAAAUCUCCAAUGUUUUACAUACAUAGUACUUAGUUAUGUCUCCUCUUGUUUUGUCUUGUAUCUCUUGUCUUGUUUUAUUUUGUAUUCCCAGUUCAUGUCUUAUGUACAUGUUCUGGGUUCUGCUUUCUGUCCUGCUCAGGUUCUGGGUUCUUCUAGUCUUGUCUUGUUUUUUUGUUAGGUGCCUGUUCCAAUCUUGCCUUGUUUCAGUACUGGAUAUAUAUCUGCUGCAGAGCCUCCCUAUCCAGUUCCUGGGAGGUCUGCAUACCAUCAAGCUCAUAGCUCUUGGGAUCUGCAGAAGCUGCAUCAGGGUCCUGGUAUGUGGCCGCACAAACACUGGUGCUCAACACCAGGGGGCGUGUGGUUACCCUGCACCAGGCUCUGAUAGUCCAUUUCCAUGCUAAGACUCCCAUCAUCUCAUCAGGCACUCAGGGGUCCUGGUCUCCGUACCGCCACCCAUGACAGUUCCUUUGCGUUUUUUUCGUACAGGUACUUAACAUUCCAUGGGUCUCUGGUGUGGUCUCAAUUCAGGAACCAAACAGAAUUAUCAAAAUAAAACUGGGACAUGAAUCCAGACAAACAGAAAGAGCUGAACGUGAUGUACUCCUUCACAUAUAGGUUGUAAAUAAGCAAGUAAGAAUACCUCGUCAGAUUAAAUAAUCUAAGUAUAAAGCCACCCUGUAUAUACUUCACUCACAAAAUUCACCAAAGUUCCCUCUCGCUGGUACAAAUGCUACCUACAAUCAAGUACAGACUCUUGUCUAUUACCUUGAGUGUAGUCUGUGUGCCUACAUAUCCAGGCAGUGCCUUAAACAAAGUUUCCAAACUGACUUAUUCAAAACUAUGUAUUAAAAUUGAAAAUAGGUAUCCAAUAUUAUAUUCCAAAACAGAAAUAUGAUUUUGUUUUCAAGGUCGGAGAUGAUCUGUAGAGGUGAAGAAACAAAACAGGAAAUGGAGUCCAGGCUUGAUUCACAAAGGAGACAUAUGGUUCAGAAAGAGAGCAUUUUACAAAGUGAGAUUGAGGAGCUCAAGGUAAGUCAACAUAGGCUGAGGCUGAUACUAUAAUCUAAAGGAAGGUUUCUUCUUAAUCAAAGGGUCCAAGGGAACUUCCUAGGUUCCUACGAAUCCUGUAGAGGCUAAUCUUAAAUGUAAGUUGGGAUAAUAAAUUAAAAUUAAUUAAAAAUAAAAUUACUAAAAAAUAGAUUGCUGUAAAUAGACUAUUAACUACUUGAUCACCAAAACUCUUGAACCUUGAAUUCUUUCUUAUGCAGUCAGAACACAUCCAGAUGCUGCUAAACCACCCCUACUGCUUAUGGUUGACCAUGCUGAUCAAGGUUGGAUGGUUUUUGAGAGAUAAUGCAGAUGUUUAAUGUAUAUAUUUUUUGAAUAGCUGUAGAUGGGCUAGACUUUGGAUACACCACUUUUGUCAAACUGUUAAAAUCCCAACAUUAGUAUUUUCGUGGAUUCAACGCUAUCGGCACAUGUCGUUGUAUUACCCUAGGAGUGUAAAGACCCCUCCCUAUGUCCUAGCUAUAGACUGAUCUCCCUGUUGAACAUCAAUCUCAACCACUGCUACCAGCACUAAUCCAUCCAGACCAGGUUUCGUGAGUAGGAGAGAGGCAAAAGAUAAUACCACCAAACUGAAUUACGCAGCCCGAAAAACUUCCUCCCACAAUCUCUCGGUCUCCAUGGAAGCAGAGAAGGUAUUCAACAGGGUGGAUUGGUCAUUCCUAUUUGCCACACUCCAAUGUUUAGGCUUCUGACCUCACAUGCUGGUCUGGAUGAAAGCCUUGUACCUCUGACAUUCUACAUAGGUGUAAGUGAAUAGCGUGUUGUCAAGCCCGUUCGAAAUCUGAAAUAAAACUGACAGAGGUACCUGCUGUCUCCUAUGUUUCAUCCUGGGUCUCAAACCCUUCUUGAACUUGGUUUGCACUAACCCCCGAGGUGACAGGGAUCUAAAGCCCCACAAUUCAUGUCCUUAUUGGGCUUACCAUUGCCAUGUCGCUUGAAAGACAUUUACAAGAACGGAACCAUUCAACCCCUAUCGGCACCGAUGCCACAGCAACCUCCUACACUGCUGCAUGAACUGAGAUACCAUCAGUUGGUGCAUUUUGUCACUCACAUUCCAAACCUAGAUACUGCUAAUAGGCAAUUGACUCUGUACGAAGAGCUAUGCACAUCCUCGUCUCCUCCACUACAAACUAUCUCAAUCCUAAAUGGGAUGUUAAUCUCCCCUUGGGAUGAUAAUUCCCUCCUAUACUUCAUGACUAAAGAACAAUAAACGGAGACAUUCAUCCUCAUGCACAAGUCCUCCAUCAACACCAAAUAGCAAGAAUACAAGAUGACAUCCCACUGGCACAAAACUCCGGAGAGACUCGCUACUACUAUAUCUGGAUGUGACCAAGAGUGUUUGAGAUGCUUGAGGGAACUGGGCUCCCUUUUUCACAUUUGGUGGUCAUGCCCACUCAUACAGCCCACCUGGAAAGAAAUACACAAAAUCUUCUCCUCUCUUUCUGACACCCCACUAACUACUUCUAGUUCACCUUACUCCUAUUCCAUUGAAACAAUACAAGAAUUCUGUAAUGCCACACCUGAUAAAUGCCGUCCACAGCCUUUUCACAUGCUUCUGGAGGCAACAAACGGUACCGACAAUUAGAGAUUGUAUUUCUAGGGUGGUGGAGAUCAGAGUAAUAAAGACUAAGAGAUGAUAUCCUUGGGGGCAGGUAGGGCACAGAAGUAUGCACAGAUCUGGUUCCACUGGAACUAAUGAGUGUCUAAUAGGUAGCCCUAAAACCCACCAGCUACCAUGAUGAAUGAACCCUCGGGGGGGUCGUGCCAAGCCUGCUUAUGCUAUUUGCAGGUGCUGGGCAGGGGUGACCCAGGAGGUGGAGGGCAGACUGGCCCUCUACCCUUUUCAGUAGUUCCUGGGGGCACAGUCCCCUUUCUCUCCCAUUCAUAUCCCUCCAUUUACACAAAAAAAAAAAAUGUUCCUCCUUCUUCUUCUCUCUCUUAGCCCUCCUCUCCUACUUCUGACAACUGGCAAUAUAGUCACCAGACACACUAUGGACACAGGGAGUGUUGGGAAUAUCCAGAAUCCCUUUCUCCUACCCUGUAGCGACCUGAGAGUCAGAUGUGCCGCCAAGCCCUAUAUAGUGUUGUACUUGUUCUCUUGGAUAAUGUAUGUAACAAUCUGUUUAGAACACAAGACACAUGUUCGAUUGCUACAUGUCUUCAGGUUAUUAUUCAUGUCCGCACUCUGUAUAAAAUUGUUUUGCUGAUGGGCUCAAACAUGUCUAUUAAUACUUGUGUUAUAUUCUUUCUGGAUACUGCUGAUUUUGUAUAAUUUGCUGAAAUGUUAAUAAAAGCGACUUGAAUAAAAAUAUAUAUUGGCAACAGUCAUUGGCUAAUAUAAUAUUAUAGUAUUAAUGAUUAAUGAUUAUGUAGCAUUUCUCAGAAACUACACCUUAUUUUUUAAACACCAUAAUAGUGUUCAAAAUGCUUGACAUUCCUCGAGAUAACUCUCUUGAAUAUCAUGUUCCUUUUAGUUUUCCACUGUAAAUCAUUGGUUAGAGACAGUGGUAAAAAUAGUAGUCUUGUACUUUAUUAUGAAAGACAUCCAUUUUAGGCAACAGGUAUCCUUUAUAGGCAACUGCCACAAUAAAUUCUUACAAUAUUGACUAGAAGAAAGGAAAUUAUUUUUUACAGUUAGAACAAUAAGGAUGUGACACUCUCUGCCUGAAGAGGUGGUUUUAUCAGAGUUUGUACAAAUGUUUUAACAGCAAUUGGAUAAAUACUUGCAAAAACAAAAUAUUCAGGGAUAUAAUUUCUCAUUAGUGAAAUAAUAAUUUCUUGAUCCAACGAGAUAUCUGACUGCCAUUCUGGGGUCAAGAAGUAGUUUUUCCUCUAGUUUGUAGGAAACGCUUUUGCCUUGUUUUGGAUCAGCAGAAAAAAUUGAUGUGAGAAAGAACGUACUUGAUGGACACGUCUCCUUUUAGUUAUGUAACAAUGUAACCCUUUAAUCUAUUCUAGAUUACGAUUCUCAUGCGAAUAUUUCAUAAUGCUGAACAAAUAAUGUUUUAUGUAUGAACCAGUCAGGACCCCUCAUGAAAUAACAAUACACUCCAUUAUUAGUAUUACUGUCAAAUUGCAAUCUUGCUAAUUAUUUCUUAUUUUCAGAGCCAGAUGUCACGGUUAAUGGCCGAUGUUCGCGCGCUUCUUGCAUCUGAGAGGCAACAUCGACAGGACAUUGAGCAGGCAGAUCUGGAGAAGAAAGAGUUAAUGGAGCUUCUAAAAGGACUACAAAAAGAGUGCAGGCUAAAAACUAGCGAUGGAAUCCAGAAACCUGCCAUUGUUCGCCCUCUUAUGCGUCUGGAGAGCAUCAAGAGGAAGCCCAAAGAAGUUACAAUUAUUUAGCCUAGAAUUAUAAGCAGAAUAGUCUGUUAGCAUAAUGACUUUUUAUUGGUUUUGCAAUGCAUUCGAAC